GCGCCGGCGGAAGCGGCGCCGGGGACUCAUGGCGGCGCUGGCGCGGGCCCUGAGCUGCCAGGCUGGAGUGACCCAGUGGACAGCAGGGUGCUGUGGGUUGCUGCAGAGCCCUGCAGUCCCAGGCCCCUGGAGGUGGGUGCUCUGCAGUGCUUUCCAGAGACACAAGACUGGCACCUUCCAACUCUCUAAAUUCUGUGGUGGAUUGAUUCAAGCCAAUGGAGCCAUCACACAGCAAAACAGAUCCUUUCACAAUACGAGUAAGCAUCUUUCUGCAAAAGAUUCCUUGCUGUCAUCUGAAGAAAAAGUGGGUGCUUUUACAAGGAUAAUGGAAGCCUUCGGGUUCACAGGACCACUCAAGUACAGCAGAUGGAAGCUGAAGGUGGCGGCGCUGCGCAUGUACGCGUGCUGCGUGGAGAAAACCGACUUCGAGGAGUUCUUCAACAAUCAAGGAUGCCAAAUGCCUGAUACUUUGAAUUCAUGGUUUCUAGUAGCCCAGCUUCAUGUCUGGAUGUGCCUGGUGCGGCUGAAGCAGGAGGGCCGCACGGGGAAGUACAUGUGCCGCUACAUCGUGCACUGCAUGUGGGAGGACGUGGAGCAGCGUGGGAAGGUGAUGGGGAUUAAUUCUACUGUUCUAAAAGAAGAGUUGAAAAGGAUGGCAGAAAAUUUCUAUGCAGCUCUGUUUGGAUACGAUGAGGGAAUCCUGUGUGAUGAUCGUGUUCUGGCAUCAGCUCUGUGGAGAAACCUUUUUAACAGGAACUGUGAGGACCCUCGGCACCUGGAGCUGCUCGUGGAGUACGUGCGCAAACAGGUGCAGCACCUGGACGCGCUGAGCGGGGAGGAUCUGCUGCUCACGGGCGAGGUGAGCUGGCGGCCGCUGGUGGAGAGCAACGCCCGCAGCAUCCUCAAGCCCCUGUCCCCCGUGUACAACGAUGAAGGACUCUGAGAUCCACGUGCCAGGACAGCUUGGGAAGCGUGGCUGCAAUGGGACUGGGCUGAGGCUGCGUGGUUGGGAAGAACAGUUUGCUGUUGGAAGGAAAGCAUUUCAUUAGCUCUCCCAUCCGUGGUGCCUCGGUAGCCUCCUGAGCAGCCGCACUCCUGAAUCUUCACCUGCAAAUAAAUGCUCAUUGUUUUAAGAACCUCUGUCCGUUUUAUGGACCCGAGUGGCCCUUGCUGACAUGGACAGAGCUGCCUUCUGCCUUUAGGAAACCAGGUAUUCACCAUGAUGUAGAGUUCUCUCAAAAAGACAUUUCUGUCCCUUGCCUUGUUUAAAGAGCUGCUACUCAGAGACACAGUGGUGUCCUCUGCUCCCUGAAUGGUUGUGAUUGUAAAUGUGAGCUUUGCAUACUUAGAUAUUAAGUAUAUAUUUUAAAUGUCUGAUGCCAAGAUGGAAUGGUCCAUCUUUGCAUUAAAGAAUUGCUUUAACAUUCUGAAGGGUUUUCUGUGAAAAUCCCUUUUAGGAACUCUCCGCUUUGUUGCACAAGGGUGAGAGAAUGCAAAGAAUAAUGCACAGUCCCCAGCAAUCCUCUGUGACUUUGGCUGUCUGAGGGAGAUUAAAGCCCCAGUUCUGGCUGGGCUGGCACUAAAAGCUGCCCCAGAACCUCAUGUUCAGUCUGCCUUGCUGAUACUUCCACAUUCUUUGUAGAAUUGUCUUCUAGGAACUCCUUUAUGAAAAGAACAUCCCUGUUGUGUCCCUGGGACAGGACUCUGCCAUCCUCCAUCCCCUGCAGCAGCGGUCCAGGGGUUUUAGCAAGAUCCUUCAACACCAGUGAAAACUUUCUAUGGCUGUGCAGGCAAAUGGUGCCAACACAGCAAUUAGGGGAGCAGGAGCUGCACUGAUGAGAUCAGCAGAGGCUGAGGUGCUCUGUGUGGGUGGAUGGUUCACCAGGCUGUUUCCAGGUCAGUGGCAAAAAGAGUUUUUAUUUCUCUCCUGUCCAAAAUCUGAGUCAAUAAUAAAUGUCAGUCUGGGUUAAAUUGCUGUGUGUUUGUUUUCUGUGCCAUGUGUGCUUUUGAUAAGAAUAAACCCUAUAAAAUCAGGACUUAUUCCUAAUAAAAGUAUUAAGCAAAA